UUUUCUUGUUGCGCUGGAUGUGUUCUCCUCUCUCGGGCAAUAACAGAUGUCAUGAUAAUAUGGAAGACAACGCUAAGCGUCAAUGUCAUAUUUUGUUCCUAUGUUUGUGAAUUUUGGGAAUUUUGUGAUGGUUUGUGAUUUUACAAAAAAAUCUUGAAGAAAAUGCAAGAGAAUGAGGUGUGUCGAGGCUGCCUCGCGGUGGAGGGCAAGUUCUACUCGCUGCGCGACUCCGACACUGCCCGGAUGUAUGAACAGAUCAUAGGAUAUCCGUUAUCGUGGGAUGGGUUGCCACAGCACCUGUGCAUGUCCGGUAUGCGCUCGUUGCGGCGCGGCGCGGAGUUCCGCGCGCGAUGCCGCGCCGUGCUCGAGUUGCUGCGCGACGCUGUGCCGCAAGGGACGACUGUAACUAAAGAAAUAUCUCGAACUUUGACCAGGGAUAUUGCAAUAGCCGAACCUGAAACGGUUUUAAUGUGCCAGCCCAAGCAGGAAUGUGAAACCAGUCAUGUGGAGAUUAAAGAGGAGAAAGUAGAUGAAAUUAAUGAUGUGGAUGAUACAACUUGUGAAGAUCUGGUUAUAGAUAGUGAAGAUGUGGCACCUCAGAGCGAAAAUAAAAAUGAUCAAAGAAAAUUAUAUUUGGAAGCCGGACAUUUCAAUGAUGUGGAUUGUGAGAACGACCUUGAAGAUUCAUGUGCAAACAAUAUAGUUGAAAAUAAAAAUGAUAAGCAAACAUCGUGUUUAGAAGUGAAGCCCUUAAAUGCUUUCAAUGAAAUAAGCGAAAUAACAACUGGUGAAAAUAAAAAAGUAAAAAGAAAAAAAGCUGUUUCGAAACGCAAACGCAAAGACAUUAGGAAUUCCAAUAAAUUAGUCAUAGCAUACGCUAAAAAAGCAAACUUCGAUAUAAGAUUUUUGACUAUAGAGGAGCAAAGGCGAGUAAUCGAGGACAAGAUAAAUGAAGUGAUAUCAACAGGAUACAAAUGUGACAAAUGUGGGAAGCGAUUUAGAGACACCAACGCGCUGAAGCGGCACAUGAAGGUUUAUCACGUGUACAAGCCUGGCAACCUCGUCUGCGAUAUUUGCAAAUGCGUUUUCAACAAACGUCUGACACUAAAAUCGCAUAUGGAGAAUCACAGCUGGAUAUUUUCAUGUCAGCAGUGUUACUUCAAGACAAAUCAUCAGAAGACUCUGAUGGCGCACCGCAGCUUUCACGCGGGACAGAAGUUUGUCUGUCAGUUUUGUCAGAAAGUGCUUGAGAAAAAGACUACGUUUUUGACGCACAUUAGAUUGUUGCACGCGUCGGAGCUGCCGUGGUGUCGGCUGUGCGGGGAGUUCUUCAUCAGUAAGCGCGGCGUCGACAUCCACAUGAACCUCAUCCACGGCGCCCUCGAGGAGGAGUUCCCGGAGGUCUGUCGUCACUGCGACAAGAGGUUCAAGAGUGACGUCGCGUUGCAGAGACACGCGGCUGUUCAGGGGUGCGCCCACAGCAGCUGCGCACAAUGCGGCGACUGGUUCCCGGCGGAGACUCUGCUGCAGCACCAUCUCGUGCAGAGACACUUCCCGCACGGAGACCCCGAACACUUCGACUGCGACAGCUGUCACGUCAGGUUCCACACGGCGGGCGCGCGCGCGCGACACGCGUGCGGCGCGGCGCCGUGCGCGCAGUGCGGGCUCGAGUUCGAGGCCGCGCCCGCACUCAGCGCGCACGUCGCCGCCGCGCACGACAUCUUCACGUGCGCUCAGUGCGGCAAGCGGUUCACGAACGCGGGGUACUUCAAGAAGCAUUACAGCGCGGUGCACCGCGACCCGCGCCUUCCCCCGCGCCGCGGCCGCCGCGCGCGGCAUCCCGCCCACCAUAAACGGGACACGUUCGAGGAGAGAGUGAAAUCGGAGCCGGCGAGCGUCCGCAAGUGGCGCGCGGCGGGCGACGGGCGCGUGGCGGCGGAGCGCGCGGGCGCGGACGCGGCGCCGCGCUCGAUGCCGCUCAUCUGCGAGCGCUGCGGGAAGGGCUUCCCGUCGCCGGCGCGGCUGGCGGCGCACCAGCGGCAGCACUCCGGGGAGAACCGGUACUCGUGCGCGCACUGCAGCAAGGGCUUCAAACAGAAGUUCGCCAUGCAGAUGCACGAGCGCACGCACACGGGCGAGCGCCCGUACCCGUGCUCCGUGUGCCACAAGCUGUUCCGCACGUACUGCGGCCUCUACCGACACUUCUUGGUGCACUCGGGCGAGCGCAAGCACCUGUGCGCGAUGUGCAACAAGUCGUUCCAGACGUCGACCUGCGUCAAGACUCACAUCCGGACCGCGCACCUGCGCCAGCCCUGGCCGCCGCGCAGCCGGAAGCGGAAGCCCAAGCUCGACGACGCGCCUCACGCGGCUCACGCUGACUCCUAGCGGAACUAAUGUUGCUUACAUUUCCUUUUACACGUUUAAGUAAAUAAAUCCGUCGUGACCAAAUUUGUUUAUAAUAUUUACAUUAAUAAAUCUUUUCUUCAA